GCCCCUUUUUCCUUUGGUACAUUGACCCACUUCUGCAGACGCCAAACUCUGGCUUGUUUAAAUCAGCAGCGCUCGCGCGCGGAGCGGAGUGGAGCCGGUGUUCACCGGCGACGCGGGAUCUGAGCGCCUCGCGCCUCGCGCCCCGGACACGCGCCACUCACUAUGAUGGGAAGAAGCUACUUUCCCCUGUCACCAUGAAUCCUGCAAACGAAAGCAGAGCCGACAGACACGAGGAGCGGUACUUGUUCGCUGUCGGUACCUACAAACUUCUGGCGUUCAUCGUCGGAACCAUCGGAGUCUUCGGGUUCUGCAACAACCUGCUUGUUAUUCUGUUGUACUGUAAAUUCAAGCGCCUCCGGACCCCCACCAACCUGCUGCUGGUCAACAUCAGCGUCAGUGAUUUUCUCGUUUCUAUCAUCGGGAUCAACUUUACAUUGGCUUCGUGCGUCAAAGGGAGAUGGAUGUGGAGCCAGGCGACGUGCGUCUGGGACGGCUUCAGCAACAGCUUGUUCGGCAUUGUUUCCAUCAUGACUUUAGCAGCUCUGGCUUAUGAGCGCUACAUCCGGGUGGUCCACGCCCAGGUGGUAGACUUCCCGUGGGCAUGGCGGGCCAUCGCCCACAUCUGGCUGUACUCUCUAGCGUGGACGGGGGCUCCUCUGCUGGGCUGGAACCGCUACAGUCUGGAGAUCCAUCAGCUGGGCUGCUCCCUGGACUGGGCAUCUAAAGACCCGAACGAUGCCGCCUUCAUCCUCCUCUUCCUCCUUGGAUGCUUCUUUGUGCCCGUCGGUAUCAUGAUUUACUGCUAUGGGAACAUCCUCUACGCAGUGAGAAUGCUCCGCUCCCUUGAAGACCUCCAGACGGUUCAGAUUAUCAAGAUUCUGCGCUACGAGAAAAAAGUGGCUGCAAUGUUUCUGCUGAUGAUCUCCUGCUUCCUGGUGUGCUGGACCCCCUAUGCUGUUGUGUCCAUGAUGGAGGCUUUUGGCAAGAAAAGCAUUGUGUCUCCAACAGUAGCCAUCAUCCCAUCCUUCUUUGCCAAGUCCAGCACAGCAUAUAACCCCCUCAUCUAUGUGUUCAUGAGCAGAAAGUUCCGGCGCUGUUUUCUGCAGCUGCUCGGCUGUCGACUCUGUUCAAAGAUCUCCUGGCUCCAGUGCACCCUGAAAGAGCACCCCCUGACUCCAGUGGAACGCCCUAUCCGACCGAUCGUCGCAUCCCCUUCAUGUAGCAGCCGGGACCGACCCAAGAAGAGGGUCACCUUCAACUCCUCCUCCAUUGUCUUCAUCAUCACUGGGGAUGAUUUCCAGCAGCUGGACGUUACCUCCAAAAGUAGGGUCUCCUCAGAGGGGAACGUUUUUCACGUGAGGCCAUUGUGAUCCAAAGGAGCAUGUCAUCACACAGUCUGCCUUAUGACCAAACAUGCAACUCUGAGCCAAAAAAUCCUGUCUGACCUCCCUGGAUGUUUCUGUUUUCACACUAACUUUUCUACAGUCUAGACCAGGGGUCACCAUCACGGCGCCCACGGACGCCAGGUCGCCCUCAAGCACCACAUAAGUCGCCCACAGGUCUCUUCUAAAAAUAGCACAACUCACUUUUGAGCUGCUCGAAAAUUACAUUUUAUUGUGAUGCAAUUUUUUGAAAUCACACUUGUCUUUACAAAGAAUUAAAAAUUUUAAAAAUAUAUGUUCAUUAUUGCUGAAGCCCAAAACGACCUAUCCCACUUUAUUUUAUUUUAUUUUUUUUACAUUUUCUCGUUAUACCGAGAUAAUCGAUAACACAGAAUGAAGCGUCUCCUUCUUCCUUUCCCUCAUGGAGACACCGAGACUUGACCUGUUUUAAGAUUCUUUAUUUUGUGGUUAACAACAACAACAAUAGAAGAAAACACUCCACAAUAGUUGUUUUUGGUCAAUUCUUUUAAUGAUUAGCGGUGCUGUUCUUCUCAAACGCCUGAGUGAACCAGCCCCCUCCCUUUAUUUACCCCAAACCCCAGCUGCUUUCACAUUAACUCUGAAAUGUCACAAAUUGGAUUUUUGAUAACUAGUUAUCUUUAAUGGGAACACAAUUUCUAAAAAAAAAAAAAAA